CGUGCGUAUGUAUUGGCAUCACUGGAUUGAGAAUCCAAUUCAAGAGAGAGCUGUCCGUUUCUUCUGCACUCAAGUAUUCUUAUUCUCUCUACCUUUAAUAUUCUAGCGAUAUAUUUGUCUCGUUUCGGGUGCAGAAAAUGCUAGGGAAUACAAAGGAAACAACGGAUUUAGAAAUGAAGAGUUCAAAUACGUUACGUGCAAAAACAUUGUGUUGUGGACGAGCGCGCUGUCAAUUGAAAAUCACAAUAGAAUUUGUGGCUGAUAUAAAUUAUUUACAUGAAGAUUAAUCGUGAAUAAAACAGAAUCAUCAUGAACGUAGAUAAUUUUGCAUGGACUCAUCGACUGGAAUGUCCGCUAACAGUAUAUAAUGAUUCUGUGAAAAAAAUAUUAUGCAAAGGAGUAUUGGAGCUUCUGUGGGAAGAUAUUUCUAGUUCUGUAUUUCCUAUGGCUGAAGCAUGUAAUAUAAGAAAGAAUAUUUUAUUAUACAAGCUAAAACAUGGGUUUAAAGAUACUGAAAUUUUAUCUGUGAUAAACUUAAAUAAAUUAAGAUCUACAAGCAACACUCUGAAGCAGCAAAUAUCCGUGCUAGAAGAAGAAUAUGAAGAACAAGAUCAUGCUGUCAGGCAAAAGAUGCAGCGAUUGAAGGACAUAAAAAAUAAGUAUUCGAUGACCAGUAUAAGGAAGGAUUUUCUUAAGUUAAAACACAGCGAAACUAGUAAGCAGCUAAAAGAUUGUAGUGACAUGAGACGAGUAUGUCAACACUUAAUGCCAAACACCUCUAAAGAUAUAGAUCAACAGAGAUUAAAGGAAAAUCUGGAUAUAGUAGCAAACCUACGUCGUUCAGUGGCAGAUAAGAAACAAGUAUGGGCAAAAAUAUCAAGUUCUCUUGGUCUUAUCGAUGUACACGUACUGUGGACACAUUUGUAUCAAACGCUAUCACAGGACUUGGACACAUUGAUGAAGUUGGAGAUCAAACAUGAUCUUAACAGUCCAAAUGUAGUAGGUGAAAAUAUAGAUAUCGGUAUUGCGAGAGCAUGUGGGCAAUAUAUACGUAUGAUUUCGAAACGUAUAUUAUCUAACACCAAAGCUAACAUAUAUCAGGAACGUUUAAUGGAAUUCAUAGAAGUGAUAGAGUCAUUGUCUCAUGAAGAUGUAAGCGCAUGGUUAGCUUUAAAAUUAGAAGUAAAAAAAUUAAAAGCCGAACAGAUUUAUCUACAAAAUGAACUUCAGAAAUUAAAGAAUAAUAUCCAGGAAAAUUCUUUACUUAAUCUCAAUAUAGGUCAAAUAACAGCUGAUAUAGAAGCAAUUGAUGCACAGAUGGAUAAAUAUAUAAAAGACAUUCAGCAAUCUAUAACAGUUUUAAACUCUACACCAACCCUUAUACUUAAAGGGAAAGAAAAGUUACAUUAUGAAUUGCAGAGGAUAAUAGCGUUACAGGCUGAUAAUUAUAAUGCAAAUUGCAUGAAUAAUGCAUUGGAUAUUGAGCUAGAUAUGUUUUAUAAUAUCUUGGAUCUUAAUGCUUUGCGAAAAGUAAUGUUGAAGGGAGAUGUAUGUUUGUAUAGACAUGCAAUUUGUGGUCUCGACAAUGCUUCCAUUUCCACGAUUAAUCCACAAUGUGCGAGAAUCAAGUCUUACUUCCCAAUGAUACAAAUUCCGAUAUACUCUCUCAUAGAAUGCUACAGAAAUGUGAUCGCCAAUAUAAUUUACACAAAACAUAGUUCCGUAUCAACGGGAGAGGUAGAGUGCAUAGAUAAAUUAGUAUCACCUCGAGAAAAAAGUAAUUACAAUAGUCUGGAGCUGCUAAACCUCGCCAAAGUUGUUUGCGAUCAGGCGCAUGAAGAGAUCAGACGUUUCAAUACUAUCUUAACUGCUUGGACAAACCAAGAUAUACAAGAAGUGAUGGUGCUUAAUGAAGCAACUAUAGACGAUGUAUCCUUUAAGGAUUGGUUACAUCGUUACAAUUUAUUAUUAUACAUGAUUCAAAAUAAGUAAAUGAUUUGUAUAUCAUGGUCUUUUGUUCACUUAUAGUAUUUUACAGUAUGAUAUUAUCCGAAAAAUUUUUGCAUGUAUAUAUAUUUUAAUAAAUUUCACACCAAGGAAAAUAAUUUCAAAUACACGGAAAUAGUAAAUAGACUUAUAUUUUUCGCAAAAAUACAUCACGUAAUACACGUUAACCAAUUGUAUGAUUAAUAAAUUUCGGUUACAAUACGAUGUAAAAAUUCUUUCGAUGUAAGAGCACUUGGAAUUUUCACAUAUCGCUACCUAUCGAGAUUGCUGGCAUACGCCCAUUCGCUUUUGGCACCUCACCUCGACGAGCCACUUGCAACAAAAUAACUUCAAGUUCUCGACCGAGUGAAGGAAAAAUUCGAAUUGCCCACGUAUUUCUUUUGUACCAACACACGCAUUUAAUAUAUUUAAUAUAUUUUUGCUACGGCGAUAUAUUUUCAAUAUAAAAAUUUAACCGUCAACAGUUUUUUUUUUUUGAGCUGAAAUAUUCCGAAUUCAAUAAAAUUUGGAAUUUUUUUAUACAAACAAUCAUAUGCGAAUGCUCGCAUUAAUGAUGUUAAAUGUGCGCAUAUCAAUUAUUACAAAUCACGUAUGGCAUAGAUUAUAAUCGAAGAGUUCAUUAUCAACGCAGAUCGAGUUAAGUUUUUCAACAAUUAUUUUUCUACUAUCAUCGAUGCAAA